AUGAAGGAACAAAACACCUCACUAUCUCCUCAGGAGGCUGAUCAAGAUGCCUCACAGCAGGUCACGGCCAGCACGUCGUCACCGACCCUGUCAAGCUCGACCAGCGCUCGUCACUCCCGCAUUCGACAGGCCACGUCCGAGUCUUCGAUGUCCAUCAACUUUGCCCGUCCUAUCUUGCUACGUCCAGACUCUGUAGACCCCGAUGAUCAUCAGCACGGCAGAGACUUCUCGGCCGUCUCAGCCCUGAGCGAUCAUGACAGUGCCAUGACCGGCGAAGACUCGGAAUGGACUGAUGAGAUCCCAACAAGUCCUCAGGAUAGGCGUGCGAUGAACUUCUCCGUCCAGUCAGACGCCUCUGACCGUUCUACUCCCCUCAAGAUCCGCCGAAGAGGCACGAUCAACGACAAGAAGCUGACCAUCAACGUCACAUCUUCGUCAUCAUCAUCAUCAAGAUCUGCAUCUGCUAGAAGAAAAGCAUCAGGGUCGAUGGUUCCGCCGUCAGAAGUGUCACCAUCGUCGGCAGCGGUAGCACCACCACCGCCAGCUAUCAGGAGGGCAUCAAGCCUCUCCAACAAGCUCGGAAAGGGCAAGUCUCCCACCGAAUCCCUUGCUCCACCAGCAAGUGCGGGCAUCCGAUUCGCGCCCUUCACACCUACCAAGCCCAGCCCAUUAGCUGAUCACAAUCGCAGCCCUGUCGCAUCAUCAGGCAGUCCCAGCUCUGCGUCCGCGGCUCCUAGCAGCGGUUCUUCAGACAAGCCGCUUCUCUCAGUGCCUCGCUACGGCUUCAAUCCCGACUUCCAACUAGGCCAGAGUUCUUCGCCUCGCUCCACGAAAUCUAAGACAUCCCCCACCAAGCCUUCGCCAACAUACAAUGGUGUCUCGCAGGGAGGCGUCAAGUCGAUGCUCUAUUCGAAUGCUCGUAUUCCCGCGACGCCACUCAGCCCUCGUGCAUUCGGCUCUGUGAGCUCGCCGCGAUCCAACGAGGCUUCGAAUUCACCGCGAACACCUCGCAGUCCUCACAAUCCAGGAUCACCACGAACGCCGAGAACGCCGCUCACAGCUCGUCUGCCCCUCACUCCCGGUCUCGCCUCUCGGUCUUCUGCUGCGUAUCGAGGUGUUCUGCUUACCACCGUCACGCGUGCUGGUUCCAACGAGAGGCUCCCUACCAGCAUGCUUGCUCCCAACGCUGCCGAGCGCAGGACCAGGAAUCGAAGUGCUUCCAUCGCCACGGAGAUCAGAGGAUUUGUGCGAGGUGGUGCAUCGGAAGUCAUUCCCCGUCUCGAGCUUCGCGUGCUUGAGCGUCCGCGUCGAGAGUCGCAGCUCUACAAUCUCGCCUCGAACCCGACGGCAUCCAGCAAACGCCACUCGCUGGCUGCUGCCCAACCCAGCAUUCUGAAGGAGAAGUCCGACUUCGCCGCGCAGGAUGUUCAGGACGAUUCGUCUCCUCGGGCUCGCGAGUUCUCCCGAUCUGUGGCGCUGGACAAGCUGACGAGCAAGCGGACUUCCGUCUCGGUCGGCCCUAGGGGCUCCAUCCCUCGUCACAGCAGCAACUUCGGCCGUCUCUCUUUUGUUGGCCAUGACGUUUACCGUCGCGAGAGGAGACAGACAGGAGCUUCGGCUGCCUCGGGACGCUCACGACGCUCAGAUCGCUCUGCUAACUCGAUUCGAUCUGCAUUGUCGAGACGCACCUCCAUGCCAACAACUGCCAGUAUCAAAUCGUCCAGACCGUCGCUCGUCACUCGAAGGAUGUCGUUGGCCCCUUCUUCUUUCCGAGGUCCGCGUGAUGAAGCCAUGCAACCUGACGAUGACGAAUCGGAAGACGAGAACGACGUCGUCAACGAAAUGCACAGCCGCGUCACCAAUAUUCAAGAAGCCAAGCGAUGGAUCCUGGGUCACCGCCCUUCGCAGGAUGCAAAUGCGCCCGCCAUCGUAGGCAGAGACAUCCAAGACGACCAGCGACCAAUGACUGCCAUGCGUCGACCUACGUAUGCAGCUUCCGUUUUCCAGCAAGCUCGUCUCAUGGAAGCUGAACGCCAGGCUGGUGCUGCUCUCAUCUCAUCCUCGGUUCUCAAUGUCAAUGCGUCCGCAUCGAACGUGAAUGCGCCUAUGACGCCAUUCCCUCAAACCCCGGGCUUUCCCAAAACGCCCCAAACUGCUUUCCCCGACGGCGCGGUUGAAGGCGAAGAGCCGUAUCCUCGUCCGGAGACGGCAGCAGCCAUGCUUCCGGAGCCCACUUGGCAGCAAAAGACGGCUCACUGUCUUACGGCACCUUGGCGCUUCGUCAAGAAGCAGAUCUCGCCCAAGUACGUUCUCACCAUGAUGGACCCACGCGAGAUCCUCUUCCCCAUCACAAUCCGGAAAAUAGCGCUCUGGAUCGUCUACGGCGGCGUCAUUGCAAUGCUCGUCCUGCUGGACCGCUACUAUCACUGGUGGGCCAAGCUCGACCACGCCGUGCAUGGGAAGAAUUUUGCCAUCAUGGGAGUGCUGUACGGCUUCGAGCCCACCAUGAUCCUCAUCAUCAUGCUCGUGGCGCGCGUGCCCGACGCACGCGUGGUGCCCGAUCGAACCGUCCUCGUGCCACGAGCCCGUGACAGCACCGAAGUCCUCUCGGACGACGAUGAGGAGUCGAGUCACAGUAGCGACGAAGAGUCUGUCGCGAGCGCGGACAUGGCCACUCAAAUGCAUUCGACCAUCUUGGAGGAGGAGCAUGAUGAGGAAGAUUAUGGCGAGCACGAGACGCAGGAUCAGGAAAGCGGCAUCGUCGACAUCUACAGCAAGCGCAACUCGAAACGACUCUCUGGUCUUCGCGCUCCUAUGCGCAGGAGGUCAACACACCAUACACUCGCUUCUAGCCGAUCCGCAGAGCGAAGGGGUAGUGAUACGACCAACUUUUCCGCUGGGCUGCAGGUUCCCCGCACGCCGAGCUUCGAUCCGCGCAACAGGCGAAGCACUAUCAUCCUGCACGAGCCAUUGACGAUCGAUUCGCUCCACGCCGAUCUGGCGAGACUGGAGACACGUCGACCUAGCGCUGCUUCGCACCAGUUGGUGCUGGCUCAAACGGCAAGUAGGGACUCGCGUCGUAGCUCGUACAUGAGCAUUUUUGCUGCUGCUGCUGGAGCUCGUCCUGGCGAAGCCACUCCCGAUCCUGCUGUGGCUGCCAAUGCAGACGAAUUGGCGUCCGAGAAGAGUCACAAUGUAGCGGCCCAAAGCGAUUCGACGGGAGAGCUCGACGAGAAGAAGGAUGUGGAUGCGAUCGCGUCCGACAAGUCGGACGACGUACGUAUAGCGAUGGACUCGAUCACGCACCCAUCUCUGACCGAAUCGACCGCCCUCAUCAUACCAUGUCACAACGCCGACGUCGAAGUGCUCAAGGCCGUCCUGUUCGCUGCCUUGGUUCACUUUGAACCGUGGCAGAUCUUUGUCAUCGACAACGGCAACACUCCCCAACCUCCCACCGACAUGGAAAGCUCGAUCCGCUCUCAGCCCAUGUUUGCCCGCGUCAACUACAUCUGGCUGCCCAUAGGCAACAAGAACAUCGCCCAGUUCGUCGGCGCCAAAGCUGCCGCAGUGCUCAACCUCGACUACGUGCUCACCAUCGACGACGAUGUCAUCAUUCCUGCCAACUUUGCCGCUCCCAUGCAUAUCAUCUCCGAGACAACCACGGCGGUCUGCUACCCCAUCACGGCUGUCGAUCACAAGGGUGACCGCCCAGUGUUUGUUGGCUGGCAGGAUAUCGAGUACAAGUUGUCGGCUCUCGCCAAGAUGGCCGAGUCCAAGAUGUGCGGUGUGCUGUUCCCACACGGAGCUGCGAGCUUCUGGAAUCGCAACACGAUGAUCGCCGUGUUGCGCAGACACGAUCUCAUCUACUUUGCAGACGACGUCAAGAUGGGGUUGGAACUUCAAGCUAUCGGUGAGCGUAUGGGUAUCGAUGCUAGUAUCUCCUUCGAAACCGUGGCACCCGAGACGUUCCUUGGACCACCCACUGCAGGAACGCCCAACUACUACAACCAGCGAGUGCGAUCUUGGGAGAUGGCGCGACACACUCUCUACUGGCAAUUCUCCAAGCGUUUCCUCUUCUCGCUCAACGGUGCUCGAACUCCCGUCGCUAUCGGAUGGCAAAAGUUCACGCAGUUCUACAACUCGACCACCAACUUUAUCGACUGGAUCCGUCUGCCCAUGUUCAUCCUACUCGGUGGAAGCGGUCAGUUCUGGCUCAAGAGUUUCGCCUUCAUCCUCUUCCUGCCAAUCGUACCUAUACUGCUCUAUCGAUUCGUCAAGACAAGGAAUCGCCCGGAUCUCCACCCUCACUUGAUCGACAUGCUCACCUACGGCAUCUACAAGCUCAUGUACAGCGUUGUCUGCGUAUUCGGCGGCAUCAGGUCCAUGCUGGUAUUCUUCCCCAAUCACGGACACAAACCGACUCUGGCCGAAAUGGAAAAGGCGAAGGAUCCAAGGUGCAUCUGGCUCAGGGACGACUUCAUGAAGAACAGCGGUGGGCAAGGCGAUUUGAGGGACGAACCUCAGCAGAUUCUGCUCGAUGAUGUGGCCGUAGCUGCAGAAGGGGAAGAAGCGGGGCUGGAAGAGGCACAAGUCGUAGCUGUGCUGCCCUCAGUUACGGUAACGCCGCAAGGUGAGGAUCAGCCAGCGGUGGCAGUUCUCAAUCUGGCGAGAGGUCCAUCCAGGGUGACGCCGAUCGAUGAGCAGCUUCCAACGGUGUUUGAGGCACGUUGA